AUGCCAAUGGCUAGGGCUGACCUGCUUUUAUUCAUGCUUGGAAUUGCUUACCUUACACAACGAAGCUCUACAGAAACGUCUCUGCGGACAGGUGCUAAGUGUGGGCAGAAAGUCUAUGAAACAAAUCCAUGGCAUUCAUAUAGCUCUCUCUCUCGGAUUGUUGGUGGGAGCCAGGUGCAGCAAGGUUCCCAUCCAUGGCAGGUUUCCUUGAAAAGAAAUAGCCAUCAUUUCUGCGGUGGAACCCUUGUUUCCACCCAGUGGGUCAUCACGGCAGCUCACUGUGUUGCAAGCAGAUUUCUACUCAGGCAGCUGACUGUCACAGCUGGAGAACAUGACCUGAACCUGAAAGAUAAGGAAGAGCAAACCCUACGUGUAGAAAACAUAAUCAGACACCCCAAAUUUAAUAUCAAGAAACCAAUGGACUAUGACAUUGCUCUUCUGAAAAUGAACGGUCACUUUAAAUAUGGUUCAGCUGUUUGGCCAGUAUGUCUUCCUGAUCCACAGGAAAAGUUUGAUCCAGGAUAUAUAUGCAUCACUUGUGGCUGGGGUCGUCUUAGAGAAAAUGGAAUCCUCCCUGAAGUCCUGCAUGAAGUGGAGUUGCCCAUCUUAGAACAGUAUGAAUGUUCUAGAGUGUUGUCGACUUUAAAGAAACCUAUUCGUGGUGACACUCUAAUGUGUGCUGGCUUCCCCGAUGGAGGAAAGGAUGCUUGCCAGGGGGACUCUGGGGGAUCUCUUGUGUGCAAGCGUGGGCAUGGUUCUUGGACCCUGAUUGGGGUAACCUCAUGGGGCAUAGGAUGUGCUCGCAGCUGGAUGCAUAACUUGGAGAAAAAGUAUGAUCGAAGAGGAACACCGGGAGUUUUUACAGAUCUUAUCAAGGUGCUCCCCUGGAUUCAACAACAUAUAGACUCCGAUGUCAAAAUGAAAAGUUCUACAGCAUCAUGCAGCAUUCAGGACGGCAAACUUCCAGACAAUGAAGGACAGCUGCUUUUCCCUGAGCAUCCAAAACGUUUCUAUCAGGACAACCAGCUGUGUGUCUGGACUCUGCUUGUCCCAGAAGGAAUGCAUAUACUGCUGAAUUUUUCCCACUUCGAUGUCGAGCCAGAUGUCUUCUGUGACUAUGACUCCUUGUCAGUGAUUUCCACAGAUGGUAGGCUCAUUGGGAAAUUCUGUGGAAUGGACCUGCCAUUACCCAUUUUGGUUGGCUCCAAUAGUGUAAGGCUAAAAUUUGUCUCUGACAACAAGGACCAUGGAACAGGAUUUUCCAUGAUUUAUCAGGCUAUUAAGCCAGGUACUCUCCUAGACUCUGGCUGUGAAUCUUUAGCGAUUCUCUUUGAGGAAGGGACGGUACAAAGCAUGCACUACCCUGAGGUAUACAGUGACCUGGCAGAUUGUCAAUGGAUUAUUCAUGCUCCGGAAAACCAUGUGGUCAAGCUUAUAUAUGAACAUUUUGAACUGGAAGAAGAUGAGGACUGUGCCUAUGACUCAGUGACAGUCUAUGAAAAUGUCGCAAAGGAGAACAAAAUAGCACGAUCAUGUGGAUUUGCUGUCCCAGCACCAGUGCUGAGCACGUCUAGCACCAUGCUGAUCUGGUUCCAUUCGGAUGAAACAGAGACUUUUGGUGGAUUCAGGGCCAGGUUUUUGUUUGUUGGUGUUGCAGAUUUAAACAUAUCAAAUUCAAGCACUGAAGUGAUGCUACCUGAAGAAAUAAGUGACAUUACGAAUGGAACGGACAUUCCUGAUGACGCUUGUGGAGUAGCAUCAAACCAGCCCAGGUUUCUCUUCAGUCGAAUAGUUGGAGGCGAGGAAGUGGUGCCACAUUCUUGGCCCUGGCAGACCAGCUUACAGAUUUUGGGGGAAAACAUCUGUGGGGGAACAGUUAUUACAAGCACCUGGGUGCUCACGGCCGCUCACUGCUUUAAACAAAGGGAACAAUACAGAGAUCUUUGGAGAGUGGUGGUUGGAACACAUGACCUAGCAGGCCAAGAACAGAACAGUCAGAAAAGAUCGGUGAAGCAGUACAUUAUGCACCCAGAUUUUAACACCAUCACUACGCAUUCAGACAUAGCACUGGUGCAACUGACUGAGCCUUUGGAAUUCAACCACUAUGUGCGCCCGGCAUGCCUGCCCAAGAAAGACGAAAAGCUUGAGCCAUCCAGGCUGUGUGUUAUUACAGGAUGGGGCAUCCAGUAUGAAGAUAGCAAAAUAUCAAGAAAACUUCAUCAACUGGAAGUUCCUGUUUUGGUUUCUGAAGAAUGUCAGAAAUACUAUCCGAACCAUCCUGGUGGUCUGAAUGAGCGGAUUUUCUGCGCUGGUUUCCCUACUGAAGGGGGAAAGGAUGGAUGUACGGGUGAUUCAGGAGGUCCACUGGUUUGUCCUUCAGAAGACUCAAGCUACUACACCCUUAAUGGAAUAAUUAGCUGGGGCUUUGGCUGUGGAAGAAAAGGCUAUCCAGGAGUUUAUACCAAUGUGGCUUUCUUCACUGAGUGGAUUGAUCAACACGUCUAUCGAAACAGUAGGCAUCGAGGUUCAUUUUCAUGA